UUCAUGGUGGAAAGCUAAGAUAAAAGAUCCCGGGUUCAUAGUUUCUUAAAUUUAUUAUUAUCAUUAUUAUUAUUAUUUAUUGUUUUGUGUUAAACCCACAUAUCGGAGUUGGUCGUGUUUUUCGCUGCUAGUUUUAAGACGAUGGCAGACAGGGUCCUCAGUAAAACCCAGGUGUUCUUAGCUAACGCCUCGCUGUUUUAUAAGGACACUUGUCCAGAGCAGGCGCGUUUCCUCAUGCGGAAGCAGCAGAUGAAGGGCCCUGUAUUGCCAAACACGGUGCUGUGCCCGUUCUGUUUCCAGUGGCGUCGGCCCGGAGAGUACCACGUCCGAUUAAAGCCCAAGUGCACACCCUCAGUGCGGAUCAAGAAGCUGCUGAGGAGGGAACAGACCCGGAAGAGGCUCAGCUCACAGGAAAUCAAGCUGCUUCAGAGAUUCAGAAGGGCUUCUACCAUUCUGAUGGCGACCUGUCACAUUUGCAAUAAGACGUCCAGGCAGAUUGGGAAGAACAGGGAAUUUCUGGGGACUUUACCCAAGAACACCCCAGUGAGCAUGUCAAAAUGCAGGACUCCUAAGUCUGCUAACAAGACGACUCCGAAACCCAACCUCCAUGACAAAACACCAAACAGAACACCAGUGUCACGUUCAUCUGAAUCCACCAGCUCUUCAAUGUCAGGCAGCGGGAAAAAAUCUGCUUUCUCACGUCUCAAGAAACUUCUGAUGGUGGAGGGCAGCCAGAAGAGUAAGAAAGGCGGUCUGAAAGACUUCCUCACGUCUCUUUAAGAACCGUGUGGACCACAGAACCCAGAAACCCCACGGUCUAGCCUGAUUUAGUUUAGAACAGGCUUAAGAGGGAGAAAGGAGAUGAUGAUAUGUGGCUGUGCUCGCUUUAGUGUGCACUAUAGCGACACCUGCUGGAUGACUCAGUGAUGUCUGGUUUACAAAUGUGAGGUCCUUAUAUACUAUAUUGCCAAAAGUUUUGGGACACCCCUCCAAAUCGUUGAAUUCAGGGGCUGUGCUCGGCCCCUCAGUUUCAGUGAAAGGAACUCUUAAUGCUUCAGCAUACCAAGACAUUUUGGACAAUUUCAUGCUCCCAAUUUUGUGGGAACAGUUUGGGGAUGACCGCUUCCUGUUCCAACAUGACCGCACACCAGUGCACAAAGCAAGGUCCAUAAAGACAAGGAUGAGUGAGUUUGGUGUGGAGGAACUGCAUAGAGUCCUGACCUGAACCCGAUAGAACACCUUUGGGAUAAAUUAGAGCCAGACCUACUUGUCCAACAUCAAUGCCAGACCUCACAAAUGCGCUUCUAGAGGAAUGGUCAAAAAUUCCCAUAAACACACUCCUAAACCUUGUGGAAAGACUUCCCAGAAGAGUUGAAGCUGUUAUAGCUGCAAAGCGUGAGCCAACUCCAUAUUACAUUCAUGUGCAUGUAAAGGCAGACGUCCCAAAACUUUUGGCAAUAUAGUGUAUCUUUCUUGUCUUCCAUCACAGUCCCAGUCUAGAUGGAUGAGGACUAGAAGAACUUUUCAACUUUUUAGUUUUUUUUCAGUACAGCUGGAAGGCUGUAAAUUCUAAAUAAAUGUUAUUUUUUCUGUCACUGUUGUGAUAACAGGUGUGUGUUUUUCCUCCAUUUUUUCACGUUUUACUCUUUAUUCAGUGUUCAUGUUCGCGUAAUUCAGCACAAACAGAAUAUUGAAAAGGUCUCUAGACAUCUCAGACGACUGAAUGAAUAAAUAAUCAGAAAGAGAAGGUGCUGAUUGUCAUGGUUUUGAAGCGAGGUGAAUGAUAGAUAUAUAGAGAUGCUGUGUAUAUAUACAUAUAUAGAGAAAGAAAUGCAUUUUGGAGUUUACACACAAUCUUUUUAAGUAGAUCUCUGCCACUUUUUGUAUCUUCUAUUCUUUUUUUAACAGCUGUUUUUGUACACUUGAGCUUGACAUACUGGUCAGUGGUGUUUAGUAUUUAAGGGCUGUUAGUGGGUUCACACUAAAGGUUUACAUUUGUUGGACUGACCAAAUAUGUGUUGCUGUAGCCACUUUAAGAUACACUGUCCAAUGAUUGCAACGUGUAUGCAGACUUCACUUACUUUCAAUAAAACUGUGAAACAAUA